AUGCCGAAGUUUGUCGAGCAGUUUGGCGAGCUAAGCCCCGAGACCGGAAAAUACGUCCUCUCCCCCGAUCGUCUGGCGUACCUCAACUCGCUGCCCCUCAUCACAUACGCCUUUGGCGUUGUGCUCUCGAGCCGGCUUAGCGAGCGGUUCGGCCGACGGCUCGUGUUUCUCCUCAUGAACUCCAUCUGCGCUACCGGUGCCGCUGUUUCCUACACAUCCACGACCUAUGGCCAGAUCCUGGCCGGCCGCAUGGUUCUGCAGGUCCACAUCGGAAUGAAGGCAGCUCUUGUUCCCAUCUUCAUGGGAGAGCUAGCUCCCGCAGCGAACGAGAAGGCGGCCGAGAUGCUGUCGUAUAUCAACGGACUGAAGGAGGGUUUCGUGGUCGAGGACCAGAUCAAGCUCCUUGGUGAGGCUCUGGACGGCUCCGUGGAGCAGGGAAAGUGGGGCGACAUGCUCAAGGGUACCAACAAGAAACGCACCAUCACGGCAUGUAUCGCCGCUGCUUCUUCCAUGCUUACGGGGAUGAGCUUUGCCGCAAACUACGGUGCCAUUUUCCUCGCUCAGGUGAAUGUUCUGGACCCAUUCAUGAUCACCAUGGCGAAGCGGGCCGUUCUCCUUCUUGGUCCCAUCACGGUCAUGGCCUGCAUUGAUAGGUUGGGCCGACGCAUGCAAAUCGUGCCCUCGGAGAUCUCGCACAUCAGCCUGCGCGACAAGACAUCCAUGGUGUACUGGAUCGUGUCGGACGUGUGCAACUUCAUCGCAACCUUUACGCUCCUAUACCUGCUGCAGGCCCCGUAUGCGAAUCUGGGUGCCAAAGUCGGCUUCAUCUACGCCGCCACGUCCAUCGGGUUUCUGGUCUGGGCGUUCCUGUGCUACCACGAUCUGACCGGCAGAUCUUUGGAAGAGGUGGACGAGAUGUUUGAGGCCGGCGUCCCCGCCUGGCGGUCCAAAUCGUGGGUAUCGACCAGCAAAAUGGCGCAGCUCACGGCGAUGGAGAAUUCAAAAGGGGGUGUUAUCUUGGAUGAGAAGAAGGCUCUGGACGUGGAGGACGUCACAUAUGUGGAGAGGAAAUGA